AUGGGCGCUGCCUGUGCCCGCCGACGUCCCCCAUUGGUGGCAGAGGGCGAGACGCCCUUCUGGGAAGAGCUGGACCGUGCCUCAGCGGUGCCAACGCUGGCACCGGGGGCAGACACUGCACCGGAGGAGGAGGAGGUACCGGAGAAGGAUGAAGUGGAACUUCCAGGCUAUGAGCAAGCCAACCACCUGAAAGGCCAGGGGAAGGACAAGUUCGCCAGAGGGGAGGUCGAAGAGGCCAUGACCUGCUGGCUGCAAGGCCUCGAAGCCUUGCCCGGCUCCGCGUGUCCCAAGAAGCUCUUGGGCCUCCUACCCGGGCUGAAGCAAGAGGCUGAGGAGGAGGACCAUCGCAUCAGAGAACUGCGCGUGGCCUUGCUAUCAAAUUUGGCCUUGGGUUCUUUGAGACAGAAGCAAUACCGUCCCGCCGUAGGUUUCUGCGAUGAAGUCUUGCUGGAGGAACCCGGAAAUGUGAAAGCCUUGUACCGGAAAACUGAAGCGCUGGGUGAGCUAUGUGCGUGGCAAGAGGCAGAAGAGGCUGCAGCAAAGCUUCAGCAAAGUGGGGAGGAGGGAGCCAAGUUGGCACAGCAAAAGCGGGAGGAGUGGAAGCGCAAGCAACGCCAAGCCGAUGGCCAGCAGAAGAAGAUGUGGUCCGCCGCCCUGGAGAAGGAGAACGCCAAACCCAAGGAGUCCAAGGCCGACGACGUCAAUGUCGCGGUGCCAAACGGCGCCAAGAAUGGGGCCAAAGAGGUAGCCAUGGAGGCUUGGAAACCACCCAAAAUUGAAGUGAUGAGCACCUUCGAUUUGCGCAAGAAGACCAUUCGCUGGGAAGAAGAGGAGGACUUCUGUGACAAGGUUUGGAAAAAUUCCAUUGGUCGCAAAGAAGCCGCUUUCUUCCAGAAACGAGCGCUGCCCCUGUCCUUGCUGGCAGCUUCCGCCCUGUCAGACCUGGAUGUGUUGAAGACAUCGGAGCUCAUCGUGCAUUGCUUUCUAGAUGGCAACAUCGCGCCAUUUUCAGAUCCGCACGAUUGGAGCAUUUUCCUUAAGAGAUGUCCUCAAGUGCGAAACAUGUUGGUGGUCUACAUUGAUAUUGGUGCCAUUGGCGCUGACAAAGAUGGUCAACCCCCAGCUUCCUAUGGCACCUUGCUGCGUCCUACCGAAGAGGGUCGUGCUGGUGACCGCGUGGCACGAUCUGCGCGCUUCAUGGGGAGCUACAAGGAGUUCAAAGCGCAUUGCCGCGAUCUUCCGGGACUGGUCAAGGCACAUGUGGCCUUGUGGGCUGAUGUUCCCCUCUAUGGAUUUCACGAUGAUGACUUUUCAACCCGCCUGCAGGCGCUGAACGAGUUACGUUCGGAGGGGAUUCCCUGCGUCUUCACCUUCGGUGGCGAAGUUCAGGAACCCCAAGCGCCACCGAUGCCGCAGAAGCUGGAUCACUUUGCCAAGGAGUCCAUCGCCAUCCUUUCACUGGCCCUGGGUUUCCGCAAGUUGGCCCCCUGGCACUGGAAUCGCUUCAUCGUGCCCUUGGAACGCGGCCCGCAGGGCAUCCUGGCCGGGCACGCCGUGUUGGGCGUGCAGAAGCCCGGCGCCCCCGGGGUCAUCACUCCCAAGGCGGUGCGGGAGGCGUUGAAACGUCGCAAGAUCGAGGCCUUAACGGCCUUCAAACUGCCACAACUGGGAGGGCGGCAGGAACAAAGGAAGUUCCUGGAGAUGAGGGAUAAGCAAUGGCAAGCGUUUUGCCAACACCUUCAGAUGCAAGGAAGGGUGCCCGCCAUGGGCCCUAACUGCGAUCAAGAAGAGAAGAGGCGGCAGAUGAUGGAAUGGCAGCAAUUUGUUGGAGCCGAAAAUUCGGAGACGCACUGCACCUUUUUCCUGGACCAACUGCAUGAGCUUUAUCUUCAGCUUUUGGAUCAGGCCGCGACCAUUUGUUUCCUGGGCCCUGCGGAGCACUAUGAGGAGCUCAUGGCGUCUCACGGAGAUUUUUCCAUCGAGCUCCUCAAGAAGCAUCGUGAGAGAAUUCAAGGGCACACAGGCGAAGUGUUCUGGAGCACCGAUUGGGGUCGAUUGCUGGACGCCUCGUUGCGACAAGGCGAUCCUGAACGCUUCAAGACCUUAGGUGCCUGGACCAUUUUCUACAUAGAGAGAGGCAGCACCUGUAAAAUGCGCAGAUACUACUCGCAGGCUGCCGCCGAGAGUCGUCUCAUGAAAAUGCGCAGCGCCGCCAUCCUGUUGUAUCCCGCGCCUGAGUACCGAAAGAAACCCAACUGGGAUGAGUCGGACUACAAAGGUCAAGCAGGGCCACUCUUUGAGGCCAUCAAUGCGCACCUUUUGGCGAUUGGAGCCAAGGAGCCCGAAAGCAAUCCGAUCCAGGAUGGGGAUCUCUGGGAGUUCCUGGAUGAAUCGCCGCCAAAGGAGAACCUGGCGAUGUUUCCGGAGGUUCCAGGUUCCCUUGAAAUUCCACGGAUCCAUUCUGAAUCCUCUGUGGCAGAUUCUGAGAGGAUGAUGAGGUGGGCCUCCCGAAGAAGGUCUUCCACUUCUUCCGUGGUCAGCGACCACGAGGAGCACAGUGCCGCAGCCGAGUUGAGCCGCUGGGCCCAUCUUGGUCAAGAGUUGGAGCUCGUUCGUGCAAAAUGGGCAGCGCACAGCUGGUGUCGUUCAGGCCUCGCAGCAGAGUUGCUGUCUGAGAGCCCUGUUUUUGGCUGCCCUGCAGGACCUGACGCGUUGGUGAACGUCGUGUUGCAGAUGGCCGAAGACUUGGCAGCGCUAUUGCAGACAGAGAGGAGCAUUCUGGUUCCACUGAAGAGUGUUUGCAUGCAGCUGGGCACCCUGCAAGCGCGGCGUUUUCUUCAUCUGGCUCUAGCACAGCUCAGCCUCCAUGUGGACCAGUUCGUGGAGUGUGCGAAGCAAUUCCAUCAAAUCUUCGAAGCCCGUUUGUUCGACAGCCUCAGGCAGGUCGAUGGACCCACAGCUGCUGGUCAACGUCCACAGAAGCCCCUGGUGCAACGGAGCUAUCGAAGGGCCUGGCAGAGCCUUGGCGUGGUGACUGGUGGUGACUUUAGCAACGUUUAA